AUUGCCACAGAAGCUAUAGUAAAUAUUAGAACUGUUGCCAGCUUGACCCGGGAAAGAAAAUUUGAGUUGAUGUAUGGAGAACAUUUGCUUGUACCAUACAGAAAUUCUGUGAAGAAGGCACAUAUAUUUGGAUUUUGUUUUGCCCUUUCACAAGCAAUGAUGUUCUUUACCUAUGCUGCCUGUUUCCGAUUUGGUGCCUAUCUAGUGGUAAACGGACACAUGAAAUAUAAAAGUGUGUUUUUAGUGUUUUCAGCUGUUGUGUUUGGUGCCAUGGCAUUAGGACAAACCAGCUCUUUUGCUCCAGACUACGCCAAAGCCAAGACAUCAGCAGCCCACUUGUUUCAGCUGUUUGAAAGAGUACCCUCAAUAGAUAGUUAUAGCAAUGAAGGAGAGAAGCCCGAAACAUUUGGGGGAAACAUAACGAUCAAAGCUGUGACAUUUAACUACCCAAACCGACCAGAGGUCAAAAUCCUCCAAGGUUUGAAUCUAAAAGUAGAAAAGGGACAAACUCUGGCUCUUGUUGGUAGCAGUGGCUGUGGGAAGAGCACUGUUGUUCAGCUGCUUGAGAGAUUUUAUGAUCCACUUGAUGGAGAAAUGCUUUUUGAUGGCAAAAAUGCAAAGAGACUGAAUAUCCAGUGGCUGAGAGCUCAGAUUGGAAUAGUCUCACAAGAACCAAUGCUGUUUGACUGCACUAUUGCUGAAAACAUCGCAUACGGAGAUAACAGUCGGCAGGUGUCACAUGAGGAAAUUGUUAAUGCAGCAAAAGAAGCCAAUAUUCACUCCUUCAUUGACUCUCUGCCAGAUAAAUACAAUACCCGUGUAGGAGACAAGGGAACUCAGCUUUCUGGUGGUCAGAAACAACGUAUUGCUAUUGCCCGAGCUCUUGUACGUCAGCCCCAAAUUCUGCUACUGGAUGAAGCUACGUCUGCUUUAGAUACGGAAAGUGAAAAGAUUGUCCAGGAAGCACUGGAUAAAGCCAGAGAAGGUCACACCUGCAUCAUGAUAGCACAUCGCCUCUCUACCAUCCAAAAUGCUGACAAGAUUGCUGUGAUCCAGAACGGCAAGGUCAUGGAGCAAGGAACCCAUCAGGAGCUCCUGGCUGAAAAAGGCAUCUACUAUUCUCUGGUUAAUGUUCAAAGUGGGACAAGCAACAUGUAAAUUAAAGGCAGUACUUAUCUCUGAAUUGUCACUGUAAUUAUUUCUAUACUGC